GAAGGAUGUUGUUAGUUCUCUCAACGCCGCGAGCGUGAGUUCGCUUGUUUAUCUGCGGAAGCCACAGCUGACGCCCACGUGGGGGCCCCGGCUGUUUCUCGAGUUACCAGCCCCCGUCAUUUUGCGUGCCACGAACGAGUUUCUUUCCGCGGUAGAAGAAAAUGGUUGCGCGGCUGGUGGCCUCAUCCGUCUCGUCGUUCGUUGCACGAGCUGGUGUGCGCACGAGCUCGUGUUUUCCCACGUGUCUGGUGCAAUGCCACUCAUGUGCCUCGUUGGAGCAAGGCGGGCAAGGACGCUUCAGGCCCCGUGCCGUAUGCGAGCAUUGGAAAAAGAAUCAGCGGUACUUUUUUUUUCUGUUUUUUGUUUUCUCGACGUGCAAGGAAGCCCGGAGGAAACAUAUAGUAUCUCGGCGCUGGCGUGCGGCUUCCACUGCCGGCCCUGGGCCGUGCGGAUUCUCCCGUCGCUACCGAGUUCCUUCACCCUCGGUCCUUCUCUCCCGAGCUGUCGAGGCCAGAAAGAAGGGGAGCGGAGUCACAUCCCGUGUUUGUUACGCGUCCGGCGACCCACGCGCUGUAUAGCGCCGCUGCGAACGCGAUGGGCGCGGACUCUGCUGCGCUUCGGCGAUUGCGAUUCGCCGAGAGCCUCAUCCGCAGCAUCGUCAAGCUCAUCGACGCCGCUAACUACGCCUAACAGGCUAUGAAUGAACGAUUUUUGAGGAGAGAAGGAGAGAACAGCCUCUGCCUGACCACGGGCUUCGCAGCUUCGCUGCACCACGACGGUUUCGCCCACUGCAAUCAUCCGGCUAGUUCUCGAACGCACGGAACGUCGUGGCGGUAGCGGAGCAGUUGAAUAGCGAAAUCGCUCACGGAAGAUGCGAGCUGCGGUGAGACGUCCGGAGAGCGUAACGGGAGGCGAAAAAGAAAAACCCAAACUGCAGUCGUUAGGUGACGCCUAGCGCAGCAGCGAGAUCUUUCGCCCCGCUGGCAGCGCUUUUCCGGCGUUUGUGAGGCAUCCGCGCGACAUCGUCACUGUGCAGCGAACGAGCGACGCUCGACACGCGACGACCCCAGCGAGCCCGCCGCCGCCCCGGCCUGACGCCGCUCCCGGCCUCCAAGUUCGCGUUAUAUAGGCUCCAUGUUCCUUGCUGCAAAAGUGUGUGCGUGCGUGCUUCUUGUGUUUUGAUUCUCCGGCGAGAACGCAACGUGGUGCGCGCAUCGUCUCGUGUCGUUUGCUGCUGAAUCUGCGUCUGCAAGGCAGUGCUUGAGCGUGCACUGAGCCGUCUGGCUCGUUCUGUGGUGGUUUCUGCUUCGCGCGGCAUCCUUCCAUAUUUAGUUUCGACGGGUGCAGUUUGUUUUUUCACUUUGAGGCUGUCGAAACCCGCGACGAUCUUCCUGUGUGUUUGUGUGUGCGCGUGUCAUUGUCCUUCUUAUUUUUUUUUUCAACUGUCAUCUUUAUUACCUGCUCCAUCCAACAAUUCGCCGUUGACAUUGAGUACACCGGGACUGACUUCCUUGACCGUGGCGUCGACGUGAAGUGCCCGUGAAGCAUCCCGGCAUUGGCCUCAGGUUGUUCCGGCUUACCUUGACCUCGACGAGCACCGGAUGACGUAAUCGGCGGUGGUGUUCGUGGCUCCAUCAUCACCCCGAUGCCCUCUGGCGGUGGAGGGACCGCCGGCUCGAGCCGGUGCGGCGGCCCGGCGCGCGAGCGCCGACGCCGGCGACUACGUGGGGCGCCCUGACCCAGGCCGCCGGGAACUGCCGCCGCCGAACACAUGUGCCCGUGCACUAGCCGCCGAGCACCGGCAACACUCCGGCGCACCACGCCGGCUAGGUGGCUGCUGCAGGUCUGCGUGCUGCUGCUGCUUCUGGAGAUGGCAGCCGAGCGGCACGGGGCGUUGGCCGCCGUGCCGCUCAGCGCCCAGCGGCAGACCGGCAGCAUCCCGGGAGACUUCAUCAUUGGCGCCCUCUUCCCCGUGCACCAGUCACCGGACGCCAAGAACGCGCAGACGCGCACCUGUGGAGAGGUCCGCGAGCACUACGGCAUCCAGCGCGUGGAGGCCUCUCUGCACACCAUCGACGACAUCAACCGCAGCGACGCGCUGCUGCCCAACGUGACACUGGGCAUCGAGAUCCGGGACUCGUGCUGGUAUUCGCCCACGGCUCUCGAGCAGAGCAUCGAGUUCAUCCGGGACGCCAUCAGCGCCCAGGAGACCAGCGGAGUCGGCGGGCAGAACGUCACCGAGUUGCCCCCUGCCUGUCCCAAGGGACCGGCGAGACGCGUCAAGAACCUGGUGGGCGUCAUUGGGCCCGGGUCAUCGGCCGUCACCAUCCAGGUUCAGAACCUGCUGCAGCUGUUCAACAUCCCGCAGAUCGGCUACUCGGCCACAUCGCGGCAGCUGAGCAACAAGCAAUUCUUCAAGUACUUCCUGCGCGUGGUACCUUCCGACCAGUACCAGUCGCAGAUGAUGGUCGAUACGCUGCUCAUGUACAACUGGACGUACAUCUCGACCGUUAACACAGAAGGCAACUACGGCUACAACGGCAUCGACGAGUUCACCAGCCGCGCCAAGGACGCCGGAAUCUGCGUGGCCAACUCGCACGCCAUUCCGACGGACGCGGACGACGAGGACUACGAUUCGGUGGUGCGCAGCAUCGACAAGUUCGGCACGGCCCGCGUGGUGGUCUGCUUCUGCGAAGGGUUCACCGUGCAGGCGCUCAUCAACGCCACCGCCAGGCUAAGGGUCGCCGGGAAAUACAUCUUCUUCGGCAGCGAUGGCUGGUCUGACCGCCAGGACGUGGUGAAGAACCAAGAGAAAGCGUCCGUGGGGAGCCUCUCCAUCCGCUUCCACGCAAACUACGAUCACGACUUCGACCGCUACUACUUCGGCCUGAACCCGUUCAGCAACGUGCGCAAUCCUUGGUUCAAGGAAUUCUGGGAAGUGCGCUUCAACUGCUCCCUAGGCGUCGGUCCGGGCUCAGCACGCUACAACCGCACGUGCACCGGCAAGGAAGACCUUCGGGAAGGCCACAAGCAGGACACCAAAGUGGAGUUCGUCAAGAAAUCCAUCUACACCAUGGCAUACGGCCUUCACAACAUGCAUCGCGACCUUUGCCCCAACACCUCCGGCGUUUGUCCAGCCAUGGUGCCCGUCAACGGCUCCGUCUUUUUGCAGUACCUCAUGAACGCCACCUUCGCUUGGAACAACGAGACUGUCUUUUUCCACGAGAACGGAGACCCACCGGGGCGGUAUGACCUGAUGAACUACCAACAACUGGGUGAGCACCACUACGAUUACGUACAGGUUGGUUCGUGGGUCAACGGUGAGCUCACCAUGACCGGCGACGUGCAAUGGCACCAAGCACAACGAAAGACGCCGCCCGUCUCCAUAUGCUCGCUACCCUGCGAGAAAGGAAAGGUCAAGAGCAUUCACUCGGAAACGAUGAAGUGUUGCUGGAACUGCGUGGCCUGCAAAGAGAAUCAGUACGUCAAAGACGAUUACACCUGCUUGGACUGCGAGAGGGGUUGGUGGCCUAACGAGAACCUCACGGGCUGCGUCCGCAUCCCGGAGGAGUACAUCCACUGGACUGACAGCCAGUCACUGGCAGCCAUGAGCAUAGCUUGCCUGGGCCUGAUGGCCACACUGGCCGCCAUGAUCAUCUUCAUUCGCCACAACGACACGCCCGUGGUGAAGAGCUCGACGCGCGAGCUGUCCUACAUCAUACUCGUCGGCAUGUUCCUGUGCCACGGAACCACGUUCGCUCUGUUGGCCAAGCCCAGCGCACUAACCUGCUUCAUCACACGCGUGCUGCCUGGUCUCAGCUUUGCCAUGAUCUACGCGGCGCUCGUCACCAAGACGAACCGGAUCGCUAGGAUCCUGGCCGGUUCCAAGAAGAAGAUCAUCACCAAGAAGCCUCGAUUCAUGAGCGCCACCGCCCAAGUGGUGAUCACGUGGCUGCUCAUCUCCGUCGAGGCGGCCAUCAUCGGCGCCAUGGUGGUGCUCGAGCCCCCGGACAGCAUGUUCGACUACCCGGCGCUGGACCGGGUCAAGCUCAUCUGCAACACCACCACGCUGGGCAUCAUCGCGCCGCUGGGGUUCGACUUCUUCCUCAUCGCGAUGUGCACGGUGUACGCCGUGAAGACGCGCAACGUGCCGGAGAACUUCAACGAGGCCAAGUUCAUUGGCUUCACAAUGUACACGACUCUGGUGAUCUGGGCCGCGUUCGUGCCCAUCUACUUCGGGAGCAAGCACAAGGUGAUCACGCUCUGCCUCUGCAUCAGCUUCUCGGCCGAGGUGGCCCUGGUGCUCCUAUUCAUGCCACGCGUCUACAUCAUCCUCUUCCGGCCGGACAAGAACAACCGCAGCGCCUUCACCACGUCCAAGGACGUGCGCUGCCACAUUGGAUACAUGAACUCGAACAUGGCCGCGGCCACGGCCGCCGGUGCCUCGGCCGUCUCCAGGAACUCGUCACACUCGACGUCAGAGUUCUCCAUGGAGUCACCCAGGAACCACACCGCGGAGACAGUGAUCAAGCCGCCGCCGACGCGCACCAAGAGCCUCAACUUGCUGGAACGGUUUCGCGCGAGCAAGCAAGAUCGCAUCGCGGCCAGCGUCGCGCAGCACAUCCGCGCGGUUCGCGCCGCCGAGGCGCUCGACCGGCGCACGCACCUGCGCCACUCGGUCGAGCCGCUCUUCGGGACGCCCAAGGUGCCCGCGCAGCGCACUUCCUCCGACUCGCCACCUGGCGCGCACGAGCGCCGGAGGCUGGUGCAGCAGCAGCAGGCCGCGGCGUACGGCGCCGCCUCGGCCUCAAAGCGCGAGGUCUCCUGCCAGACGACCGACGACCUGGUCGAGAUGUGGAUGCCCUGCCUUCGCAGGCGUAUCGCGCGCUCCGAGACGCUCAUGUCGACUCUGUCGCCCGACGACGAGGACGACGUGGCUCCCGGUCUACGGCACCGGAAGCUCUGCCGCCACGUGCCCUCCGUCAGCGACGAUGAGGUUCUGGACGUCGUGUUUCGCGGCGGCAGCUCGCAGCAGCAGCAGCAGCUGCAGCAUCACCACCACCUGUCCGGCGGUUCGGCCCGGUACGGCCGCAGUGUUUCCAGCGGUGGCGCUUCGUCGGCGGCUUCGGCGUUCAAAAGCGACGAAUCCCUACUGGAAGGUGCUUCCUCCAUCGUAGAGGAGAGUGCCAGCAGUGGCAGCGAGGACGCCGCCGUCUACAAGAACAUCAUCAUCAGCCUCGGCAGCCCCGAUGCUGUGCGCGUGCGUCAGACGCCCGCGUCUCCAGUGAUAACGCCCCGCCGAGGGAGUAGCGGAGGCAGAAGCAUAAAUAACGGCGAAGACAUGACUGCCGCUGCGUCGACUUCGUCGUCGCCGUGGGCCGAAGUGUCGGCCCAACUUCUGCUCAGGUCGUACAACGGCAAUGCUCAAGGGACCGGUCAGCAGCCCGUGUACUGGGCCGGCCCAUCGUCAGGAUGCUCAGACCAAGAACGCUUCGGCAAGUGAGCCCCCUCGUCCUCUUCAAUGCCCUUACUGCUGCCGCUACCGUAGCCACCUCAAGGCAGCGUCGAGUGGUGUGUCGAGUGGUUGGUUUUGUUUUCUACUUCGUUUCUGUCAACGUGAUCCGGGCCCCUUCUUCUUGUGCCGAAACUUUCUACUCUCUCGUGGCCAGCUUUCUGAACCCACGUGCGGGGGGCCUCUAUCCGGGGAUUUCCCCCGCAAAGUACGCAGUUUAGGAGCUGCACCUCCUGGCAAGCGUGCGAAUCGCUACGGCGGCGGACGACAGGUGGCUCUGCUACCACUGCCCAUACGUUGGUAUUCUUUGUGUGUUUGUAAGUGUGUGUGUGCAUGUGUGGCGCAGCAGGAGCGUUCCACCCAAAGUGAACCGCGUGAUAGUUGAGCCAGUGACAGAGUCGUUUUUCCGCGGCUCCCACGCCUGUCUUCCUGCUCCUUGUGAAAGCCCGGGUGACAUCCAAGAACCUUUCCCCGCUCCCUCAUGGAUAAGACCUCUGGCAGCUUCAACGCCACAGCAUAUCGAGGUCGUCCGUAGUAAGCCGCGAACAGGCGCCUAGGGAGCCUUGUCCGUGCGUGGUGCAAAAUGUUUACAUCGUUUUCUCUUUAUUUACUCAACAUCGUCUCUGACUUAGAAGAUGCUGCCAGUUAGCCAUCCUGUUUUAUCACGUAUUCUAGUGUACGGAGUUGUCAUAACCCCGAUAAAAACCCACCAUGCACAGACGAGCUGUGAAACUCGAGCAGUUUCCCCUUUUUAUUUUGUUCAUCGCAAUCCUUGUAACAGCAGUGACGUUCACUCCUUCCAGAGUCGACACUAGAGGACUACUCUCGAUUAUAUGUCGUUCUAAGCUUUUCUUGAUUUUAUGAUACAUUCCUUCUUCCGUGUAUUUCAUACGCAAAGAAAUAAUGUCCAUCACUUCUUUUCAUUGCCGUCGAUAGAAAUUAACACCAGUGAAAAAGCAGCUUUUCAGUGUUUAAAACAUUCCCGAAGUUGCUUGACAUUUGGUGAUACGUAGUGGGCAUGACAUAGAAUACAGUAUUGCCUGAAUGGGCGUAAGGUGCAAAAACUGCACUUCAUUUUGCGUGGUGUUACACUGCUCUUAUUUUUCACAGCUAGAUUUUCACCUAUCAUGCUUAUUUAUUGUCGCUUAUUAAAUCGCCCUCAUUUAUGUGUGAGUAUGCUGUCCAAAAUCGUAAUAGAUGAGUUGCAAAACAAAAUGACUGAUAAUGAAAAUAAUUUACUCGAAAUAUCAAUACUUUCCGUUUUCCUUAGUGCCAGCUUCAAGCCUUCAACUAAGCGCCCACAUUUAAGUAUCUUUCCGGUAUUUCCCGACUAAGGUGCUGAAUAAGGGAGUAAAAAUUGCUGAUGUUCACAAAGCAACUGCUGCUAGGCCGUAGUCUGCAUAAAGCAGCAAUGAAGCUUUUGUUUUGCUUGUCUGUAAAAACUUUAGCUAAAUACGACAUCAGUCAUUUCUUGCGGGCAUUCGUGCUCUAAGUUAGAGGAUUGCUCGAAAAUUUCUGUGGAUUGGCUAUGCACACUUGAAUUUAAAGUUUGACACCAACAUGACUAUAGAGAAAAAUAUACAGAUCAUAUAAAAAAGUUAGGCAUUACAUACUGGCACCGCAAAAGUACCAAUUCAUAUCCCUCGCAGGAGAAUGGUACGCUUUCUAUCGUGUUUCUGCUUCAUCGCCGGCUAUUGAAUAUUUUUUACCCUUCAAUGUUCAAAUUAUAUGUGUGUGCAUCUGUUAUUUCGGUGUGUAUUGACACUUGUAAAUACGCAAAUCGAAGCAACCUCUUUUACAAUAUCUUUCCGUGUUACCGUGCUUGCCUACAUGUUUCUCCUUUCCGUGUUACUAUACGUAUAUGUAUUUAAUCCGAAACACCCCUGUCGCCGUUAGAAGCGACUCGAGUGGUGCUCAAUAUGUCGGUAAUACCGUAUACCAAAUGAGGAGUCCUAAAUGUCCGUCGCUUGGCCAAGAGAUAUAUAUAUAUAUAUACCUUCCGUAGCGCUAGUCGUUUUCAUGUUCCUUUACUUUGUGUUGUUGUACCAACGAAUGCGACUGAACGUAUGCUCCUCAUCAGCUUUUCUGGCUCCCAGCGAAAUGAGCAAGGGUUGUACACUAUGAGGGUGGAGGCGACGAGCUGCUUUUGGCGCUUCGCUCUAGUUAACACUGGUCAGACUAGUUCCACAAAGCUGUAACACAGCUCUCCUUUGCAGUGUGUUGUAAUAGUACAAGAGCGCGGUGUCACCAUCGCCAACUGAUUUGUUAAGAGCUUAGGUGCCCAGUCACGACAAGUUUAAUUUCGUAACUGGCAAGGCUCAUGAGUUUGUUGGACAAGCAGAGUUUUGAGUGCAUCUUAGCGGGGAGAGUUUAGUGUUUUGAUCCCGAUGUUCACCAAGUGGCGUGUCCGUUGCGAAGCUCAAGUAUUUUUUUUUUUUUGGCCAAACGAUGUGUGUUCGUGUGCAUGACCGUUCGUGAGUGAGGCAGCACAUGUGCGAAACAGGUAGUCGCUCUGUGCGCCCACCGUGUGGCUGUAUGGUGGAGUGUUCUUAUCGAAGCGGCUGAUGCUGCUGCUGUUGUGACGUUUUCAAGGGCCUAUUUCAUGCAUGAACACUAUUUGUAGUGUCAUUGUCAGUGUUUUGCUGGUGGUUAUUAUCUCCGACAGAGAUCCUUGAAGAGUGUUCCUGGAGUGUCCCUGUUCAGACAUAUGCUGCAAAUAGCUUUCACUAAGGUAGAGCUACACAUAUGCGACGACUUAAGUAUAUCCCGAUGCUCAUACUCAGAUUGUGCAGGGUCAUGAAUUCGGAAACUCGGGGUUUUAUAUUAAACCUACAAGCACACAAUACGUUGUGUACUUGAUGUCUCGGGUAGUGAAUUAUUAAAAAUCUCACAAAAAUUAAAAUUACGAACAAAUAAAAAAAUUUACAAGCAGCAUCAUCCGACAGCCGUCGACUGGAGGUUCACUAUUCGACGCCUUUUAUUGUCUAGGCCCAGUAGCACCACUACGGUCGUCUGCAUCUUAUCGAUCUGUCGUUCUAGAAGUCUCUCUGAUAUGGCUGUGACGAAUGCAAAAUUAUGGCAUUCUUAGUAUGUCACGAUAAUGAAGCUCAGCAAUUAAUGCUCACAUCGGCAGCGGUGGAAGGCAGAUGCGUAGUGAAACUGCCUAGAAUACGACGAAACCAUCCAAAUGUGAGUUUAGGUAAUUUUCUCAAGAAAAUUCCUCUAGUCUAACUCUGCUGCAAGAUGUGUCUGUUGUGAAACUGCACGCAAGUCACUUGUAGGCAGAGAGGAGAACUUCUCGACACAUGCUACAAAUAAAUUAAACUGCACACAGCAUACAGAUUGUGGCAAUUGAUGAAAACCUAGUCCCUGUUCGCGGGCAACGGCCUUGCCCACUUUUCUCUUUGUUUCUUACCAAAUGUCAGGAAUACACCCAAUGAAACGUUACCCGCAGCUCUUGUACUAAUGACGGGCUGCCCUAUUGCAUUUAUAUAUAUAAAAAGGUAUGUCUUAACGGCCAGCAAAGGCUUUCGUUUUGCAUGGACACUGAAUGCCAAAAAAUAUGUGCAAACUUGUGAAGUUGAUGUCAAAGUGUUGGCUGAUAGAAGGAAUGUAUAUAUGUUUUGUACAUAGCUAUUUAAGAAAAAAGGUCGCCACUAUCUGUAUAUAGUAGAUGGUUACUACGUGUUACAGGACAUCCUGGCGAGAAAUCAGUUGGUGUCAUAUUCGUUUUCAGAUCACACCCUGAAACGUCACUCAACAAUGUGCUGGAUCUUGUGCCAAAUGUUUCGUUGCAGUUUUUUGAACUUGUGUUAGCGGUCUUGCUUGUGUUAAGUUUUCAGGUGUUUACAGAUAGAAAUGCCGAACUACCUAUUACAUGUUGGUCUACACGCGAUGUUAAAGAAUUGGCUGUCAUGGUGCGCCAGUUAUCAAAUGAAGUGUCGAGUCCGUGGUACACCGAAGAGAAUUCCGUACGAUGAAUAUAGAAUAACAUUCUUAAGCCUGGGAGAUCUAGGCUGUGCUUUUCGUUCACCUUAUUUUCUAUUACACGGCUCAUUUUGUGCACUACGUUUAACUACUUGUUCACUUCGUUUAACUACGAUUUCCAUGGAUUUAGCAGCUUACUUCGGCGUAAUAUGAACUACCAAUCAUUUUAAACCAACCUCAUGAGCGACGACCCCAAAGGACGGAUGAAAUGUAUUGUUGAUUGAAACCAGUACUAAGUUGACUAAGCCAGUACUGGUUUCGCAAAACGUUUUCAGAGAGAAAUAGUCAAAUACAUUGUUACUGAGAGAAAUGUUCAUCCGCACGGUAACUGGCCCAUAACGAUGUUUCGUUACGUGGCUGGAGUUGUCAAAACUGCCCAAUGUCGCAGUCUUCGCCAUGAUAUUCUGUCUUAUGCCGUUGGCGAUGCUAUUGGAAUGCUUUAACCAGCUACGCUCUUUACAGUGAUUGCUAUGACGUGGCAACCAUCGUCGUACCUGAAAAGUGAGAAGUACUGUAAUUCUGAAACCUUGCUUUUGACUGCUCGGGAUUACAAGGUUCAGAAAAGUUCCUGGUCGACCGGAUAGUUUUUUUAAUGCCGUCACAACCAAUGUGCAACAGCCGCCAGCUCCAGCUCUACAUAGAAAAGCACGAAUGCCCAGCAACAGCGCCGCAAAUAUUUUGUUUGCCGUUGAAGCAGCCGCAGCUGCUGGGUCGAAGCAAUAUCAGGAAAAAUCCUGACGUGAAACAGUGGAGUUGCUGUCCCCGCCAAUGCUUAAUAAUCUGAUUCAACACAACAAAUAAAAAUAAUAUAGUUCUCUGCACCACGGCGUUUUAAAGAAAAUCACAAUUGAGGAAUGUAGAACUGAAGUUAUUCUACCACUACACAAAACGGAGAAACUGCGGGGUUUAAGUGACACCUCAUUAAAUAACAUACUGCACGAACAGAGAGAAGCAUAGUUCUCUGUGCGACAACGUCAGUAAAUGCGGUUGUGCUAUGGUACCGGAGGAAGCCAGCGGGUUAUUCCAAUUCCUGUCGAUUCUCUUCAAAUUUGCAGCCAUGGUGAUGAGAGGGAUCAAGGGUUUCGUUUACUCGAUGAAUGUGCUAGGUUUGCUACUUAUCAAUGGGUUUCCCGUAUUUUAGUAAUUUGACUGCAUUUCAAAGAACGGUUGCUGAAAAUCUUGGACCCAGUCCUAUCGAGCAGACGUGUGAUUAAACACGUAAUAAUGUACAGGUGCUGCCAUCGGCGGCCACCACUCGGGUGUCGACAGACAGGUGGAGCUUUCGAGUAAACAUGGUAGCAGUCUCGCAGUUGCGUGGUGCAAUUGCUGUCUUAAGCGAUGCUUAAGUACCGCGCAGGAAGCAUCAUGUCGGGGGUAUUCGAUUAGUACAUUGCUGCCGUUUUGUUGCCGACUAUGGUACUUGCGCAGUGGUGACAUUGAAUAAUCUAUAAUUCAAGGCAAUUAGGACGCUUGUAUUUCCCGUUAUGUUCGUGCUGAACAAACCACUACUUUGACAACUCAGGCUGGGAGAGAAUUUUUGUCCAAGUAAUUCCUUAGCCACUCAACGGUAGGCGGAUUUCUAUGCUAGCCAGCACAAAUCACAUCGAGCUGAACUUGAUGCUUGCUCGGAAUUGACAUCAUUGACUAUCGUUAUGUGCGAUUGUCAGGAUGUGCCGAGACACAUGGAAAUGCUUCGCAGCAGUCGCGCACUUUCUGCGGCCCGGACGCUUCUAAGCACUAGAUUUUCAAGGCUUGAAGGGUACAGGUGUAGACAAAAACUGAACAUCCGCGUAGUAGAACAUCAGUUCAAUUGGCCGUGGCUUCAGUGCAGUGGUCUUUCAAUUCGAGGCUUUUCUUCAACCAGCGGAAUCAACACGAGCAGAGCAGAGGGUGUAUUCUCAGGAAUUUGCGGAGAUAGAAGGGUGGCAGCAAUUUUGCGGGCCCUCACUCACAAACUUCAAUGAAGUAAUUCUCAAUUAUUAGUGCACUCAUGUGCGAGAUUAUGAGAAGCUUCUCGCCGCGCAGCUCCAGUCCCACAUUUUGCCUAAAUCCUUGCCUUGAAGUAUGAUAGUGGUAGACUCCCCGACGCUCUUGUCUCAGACGUAAACGCGUUUACAAGUUAGGGCGCUACGUUAGAUGUCGUUAUAUGCCCGUUGUUCGGAUUGGCGUACGUCUGGUGCCCUCUUUUGCUUCCCGUAAACCCGUACACAACUGCUGCUUUCGUCAUCAAGCUGUCGUGAAAUGUGUUCUCUCCUCUGUGCGGUGUGCUGGUAUCACUGAUAUCACUGGCAUCACUGAUUAAAGAAACCUUGCCCCACCAACUCUUCCUAUUUACCACGCUGUUGCAAUUCGAGGCUGCACGUUAAACCCUCUAAUUGAAUCCGUCUUUUGCACCCUUUUGUGUUCAACAAAGUCGUGGCGCCGAUGGCACACAUUGACGCGUUAGUGUUUACAUCUCCGGCCAAUGUGAUGGCUGUGCCGUACUGCCGAGUACAAUACUGUCUUUGCUGGUCCCUCACACAAAGAGUACUGAUCGCGACUAUUUACUGAUGUUGUUCCCUGUCCUCGUAAUCUUAUACGAAAAUUUCAGCCAUUGCUCGUAUAGUCGUCAUGCUUAGCAGUUUUCGGGCGUACCGAAUUGACUUCAAAUGCUGCCAACAAGCCGUUGCUGGCAUGCAAAGUCUGGCGCUUCCGUAAGCUAUCCGCGGAAAUAAGCUCUCCGUAUUCUUUCCGCAGAGCCUUAGUCGUAGCUGUCUCUCCAUCUGCCCAUUCAUCGUGAAACAGUGUCAUCCUAUGCGAGUGCGUGUGUGUCUGUACGUAAGAAAGAGUAUUUCCAGGAAACUAAUUUACUAACUUAUUUUACUUCAAACGCUAGAGAAAUGAACUGUGGAAAUUGCAGGAACGUAGAGAUUUCUAGGAAGGGCUUACAUUGCCCAUUUAGCUCGAAACUGCUCCAUUUUGUGACGUUCGGUGAUGUAGAAAAUCUAACUUCUAAUAUAUUGGAUUUGAAGUUGAAUUCAAUACCAAUUAUUUUCUGCUAUUCUAAACAUCGGUAGCUGUUACCUAUUCCAAUGAAAGUCAUACUCUGAAGUGUAAGUUACUUCCCGUUUGGUUAUUUUUAAAUCUAGCAGCGCCCAUACUGAAAUUCUUCCUUCGAGGAAAGUGGUAGUGUUUCUUUCAAGACACUUUUUUUUCUUCAGUGUCGUGAAUUAGACUACAAUAGUGAAGCAGUGACAAACGGGUAAAUUAGACGGCAAAGUACGUAGAAUCAAGACUGUUUUGAAAACGUUCACCAAUUGAUUUCGCAAGCGGUUUUGUAAUAUUGUAAUAACUUUCAGCAUUCGCUGGAUUGUUUGCAGCUAUAGUUCACAACGUAUAGCUGCGUUAGCGCGUGAGUUCUUGAUUUCUUGUAUAUUGGCUUCAGCUUCCAUUUUUUUUCCAACUUCACGUACUGCACAAUGUAUAGUCGCAUCACUCCUAACGUUGCAGCAUCUUAGUUCCGCUCCACCGUACUGCCAACGCUUGAAGCACAUUUAGGUACGUUGUAAACUAUCAAUGCUGUGUACCCAUUGUCAGUAUAUGUGCGGACUUCUUUUUGAAGAAAUCACCCUAUUCACUGAUUAUUCUCAAUUCCGCACUGACUGUCGUACGCUCAAUGUCUGGGUAGCGCCAAGUGAUAUACAACUUGGAAAGUUCACUGGCAACUGUUUUUGCAGUGCCACGAUGACCUCUAUGCGCAUUAACGAUAUAGUGUACAGAUGUACCACCCAAACCCAAAUGGUACCCUCUUCUGCCCGAUGCCCCACAUGUAAAUACGUCGAGCUCCCCGAGUUUGCUUCGCAGAUGUUGUUACCAUCGUUUAUAUGUAUGUGUUGCAAACAAACAAACACACACACAAAAGCCGUCAUCAUUCGCAAUGUCUGGUCAUAGUCUGUAGUGCGCGUAGUUUCCCAGACCCGAUCCCACUCUCAGAAACGUGGUAUGCCCCAGCAAGCGCGAGGCGGUUCGUAACAUGUAUACGAUUGCUUCUUGUGGUGCUGCAGGGUGUGCAAAAAAUGGCGACACUAAGCCCAACUCAUCACCAAACAUGCGCGGAAUGGUAACUCGCUCCAACGCGCGUGCACGUCAUCCUUUUUACUUGCACGGUCAUCGACAUCAUACGUAUGUAAUCGCACGCCUUAGUGUUUCUACACUUGUGUUUCUUGGGGUUUAGGGUCUAGGUCUAUAUAGGUGCAUUUCGUCUCGCACGUCGGACGAAACGAAGGCAAAGAAUAAAGCACAAACGGGCGCAACCACCACAUUCCACAGCUCACUCACCAUCUCUUCUACCCUCCCCACCCUCCCCCCCUCCCCCACGUGUUCUUUCCGCAAUCAUAAUAUUCUUUCAUGUCGGCGCGCUUCCUUGCGUUGAGCCACACGGCUCUUGUGUGUUAGCAAUUGCUUCCACGUUUUCCGAAUGCAUGGAGUUCGGAGAAAAUUGAGCGGUAACUAAGGUCCACAGUGAUUUGAGGCGUCGACAGUGGCGGAUACAGACAGGCACGUCUCACGAAAGUUAUUCUUUUUGAUAAAGCUUCUGCCACGAAAUGUGCCAUCUACUGGGAAAUAACGAUUGCUGCGACGUUGUUGCCAUUUAUGCCUAUCUUUCAUUUUUAUUUUUGUAUUUUAUUGCCUUCGACAUUGUCUUUCUCAAGCCGCAGGUGAUCACGAAUAUCCGAAAUUCUAGAAAUAUUUUUUUUUCUUCCUCAUGGGUGCAAGACACAACCGUGUGGUUGAAAAUGUUCGGGCACUUUUGACAUUUAGAUACGGGCAAUGUUUUGACGACAGAAGAAUGGCGCGAGUUUCGUAGGCCUCUUCAGAUUUUGAUUUCAUAACUGGCAUUUGUUACUCCGUCAUCGCGCCUGGUCAACCAUACAUUCUCGCCUAGCAGUUGCGAUUAAGCAUUUCAUUUAAAACAUCAUCUCGGGUCUCGUUUAUGAGACAAUCGGUAGCCACACAAACACUGUUGUCUACGAUGUGAACGUUUUUUUGAGAUGUUAGGGAAGCGUGUUCGAUGUUGUAAGUGUUGCUCAGUUCGUCGCACUUUCCAAAGCCUUCUUUUUAAUCUUAUCAGUUAUAUAGCUGCUGUUGUUUCUACCGCUAAUCUGUCACAGAAGCUGAUGGCGAGUGAAAGUGUAAAUAAGAAACUGUAGUUGCAGGUAUCUGUACGCAAAGAUUCGCCGUAGAUAGCCGCGAUUUCAGCACGUAGCCAAGCUGUAGGAAAAGGACGGAAAUCAACCAACAUCACGACGAUAACUUCUCAAAAUUAUCACUUUGCAGAAGGACUCUGUUAUUUUUCACACCGCGUGUUGAUCUCGAUAUAGUCGUUUUGGCUUUUCGCUUUAUCUUGCUUUGAGUGGCAGAUGGGAGAGAGUUCAUGUUGUUCCCGUAUCCUCUGCGCACGCUCUUUCCCGCCAAGUCAAACCCUUCGCAUAUACCGCAUUCCAAAGACGCACCUGGAAAGGGUACAAAGUCAAGUCCGCAAGGAGGUCUACAGAAGGAGGAACCAAGUCGAGCAAUGCAUUUCAAAAUUACCGUGGUAGUUUGAGUAAGUGUUGCGCUUCAAUGCGAUUAAUACCGAAUGUUGCUUAAAUAACGGAACCACGUAUAAAUGGUUCUUCCAAGUAUGAAACACUGGCUCGUUGGCGCCGGUAUUUCGCUCAGAGGUUGCGUUUGAUGCUUGUAUUAUUUGAUGCUGUUUCCGUGCGGUAUUUGCUUGUUUCGAUCGGAAUAAAUCGGAAGGAUUAAAUCAGUAUUCAGUAGUUUUAUUUGUCCGUGCUGAUUCCGGACGAAUAAUAUAGAUGCUUCGAGCAGCAUACCAUUGAUUGUUUCUACCACUGUCCGAACACAAUAAGGGGACGGCCUUGUUUAUACUGUGCUACUGUGGUUUAAAUUAGGAGAAUAAUUAAGUUUUUGUUUUCUUUUUUGUCCCGCAUUGCCGCGUACGAUGUUCAGUCGAUUUGUACUGGUCGAAACUUGCAAUUUAUGCUCCUUGAACACGGCAGUAAACAAAAUACACCACGAAAUUCUGUCUUUACGGAAUAUCUGCACACGGACGCGCCAACAGUAUAGUCGGCAGACUUUUUUUAUGACACGGUCAUCACGCAACACGCGAUAUAAUGUACGAGCUGCCGCAAACAAACUGUGCUUAGAAGCUUAGCAAUAGAUUACACCGGCGCACGCCGCAAUUCGAAAUCUUCCUUAGAUUAACACAGGAUGCUUAGGCAAAUCGUGUGCAUGCGAUAUGCACGCGUUCUGCCUCUGCCCAGGGUCCUCCACUUCAAGGCGAGUUUAGAGGUAUAUUAAUGCUUCAGACGACAGACAGAUGAGAAAACAAUGUGCGAAAUGCGCAUGAUUUGCCUGCUCGUAUGACCUGUUUCGCGAGCGAGCACCAAACGUGCCGCCGCUCUCAUAAAACAGGCUACUUGCACUGUACGUUGCUCUUAGAGCUAACCGUGAGCGCACUCGCAUUAGUUAUCUACAAAUUGCCGUUACUUGCUUUUUUAGCCGCACAAAAUAUAUGCAUGUAACUUGUGUCCCUUAAAUGACACUUCCCUUGUCGCUAUUUGUGUAGUGUGUGGACUGGAACCAGCUCGCAGCGUUAGAUCAGUUCGGGCCUGAGCUUGGAACGUCAUUCCGACUGCUGUCUUAUAGCUCCCCAGUGUGCCUUUGUGACCUUCCCAUCUUCCCAGUGAAGAGAGUUCGAUGUACGCUCACAUCACUCUACUUCGACAACUGUGCGACACGAACUUUUCAAUCUAUGCACCAAAUAUUUCAGAUUUGAUGCAUACAUAUGUGCACAAGCAUUAAAACAUGUUUUAUAUAUUCCAGCAACGUUACACCUUUGAGUUGCGGGUGAGAAAUCAGUUUCGUUGGAGCUGGCGGCUUUGUCAUUGAACACUGGGAACUGGUGGCCACAUUUACGGCUAUCAAUGAAUAGGAUCAAAUCCAUGUGUCGAAGCGUGUAUUACACGGCGCUGGGUUUUCGCAAUAGUCUUGUCCGCAGCAGCUUACGACGCUAACCACGUCACGGUGGCCACUCAGCAAGUACACCUUCAGCCAAAAUAAAAGUAAAAAAAAUGAGCAUGGUUACGUUGUUUCUCCUGAGGUAUUGAGAGAAAACAGAGUUACUGAUGAUACGUACCUCGCAUUUACGGGAAGAACAGCAUGGUUAAGGUGGCCUAAUAAGCCGAUGUGGGCACAAGGCAUUUGAUGCUCCCAGUGGUUGCCGGAAACCUUACUGUCAAAAAAAUUUAGGCGCAAUUGAGCUUCGCUUGGAGAGAGCGUUGUUAUUUGGUUUUGGGGAGCUCAGUUGCACUGUGCGCCAGUGACCGCUAUCGUGGUAUACGAAUGCAACGCAGGACGAAAUGCUUACUGUUCUUUUUUUCGUAGCGGCGGGCUUUGAUACUUGGAGCGUUUUCUCUCCUCGGUGCAAUGUUUUGCUCAGUAGCUACUUGAGCUGUUAAAAAGUUGUGGUUUUGGGGAUUUAAAUGUUUGCACUGCGUACAAUAACUUUGAGGUUUGGUGCUACAAUGCACGUACACGUGCUGUCCUGCGGGGUCUUCGCUCUAGAAAAACCUAAUCCGUGACAAGCCUGAAUCGCGAACUUUUGUCUCUUUAGGUGGACGCUAAAGCGAAGUAAUCAAUUAAUACAGACUGGUAGAGGGUGCUUACUUGUUAGGUUCAUUUAGGUUAUCAUAACCGUUAACGUAGGUUUCGUAUACCCGUAAGUUUAUGAGAAGAAGCAAUUACUAGAAAUGCCAGUGUGAAUUUCCAGCAGUAGCUACCCGUUACAUUACAGGUUUUGGUACCCUGCCACCUGUGUGUUCAAAAUACUUCAAUCGUUCAAUUAUGAUAUUGAUUGAAAAAGAUGAGUUUUUCGUCUAACUUAAACAAAAAAUAACCCAGGAACACUUGCCUUUUCCUUUAAAAAAACGCGAAAGGACCCAGACAAAAACGUCGUUAAAACCGCAAUAUCAACUAAACGAUGUGACGUGUAGUGAUUUGGGCGCGAAAUUGAAAGCGAGGAUGGGCGUUGACUUUAUCCCCCGAGCUUAUAAACAACCUACUUUCGGUGGUGACAAAAUGCGGACAGGAUUUUGAAACAGCGACCUACCAGUCUGGAUUGAUUUGGUCUUUCUCUUCAGCGCACCUUUUCAGCAUCAUUGUGACAACCGCUCAUCUCAUCUCUUCGUAACCAUUCACUGUCUCUUGGUAAAAAGGGGAAGUCGUAACGACGUUGUACCUGUCGCGCACGUGAGCUAUUUGCCAACGGUGUUUUUCGGCAGUUCGAGGCUCCCGACUACCGGAGCGCUCGACAUUUAUUCGACCAGCCCCUUUCGUUUAUUAGGGCCGCGCUUCACCAAGUGUUUGUUUCCGAGCUGCAAUAUACUCGACCUAUAUAUAGGUGUUAAAAUCCCCGUUGUGCUUGGCGUGUACAUACAUAUAUAGUUGAGAAGGAAGAAGACUGUUGGCUGUUGUCGUCGGUACCCCGUGGAAGAAAAGUUUUGGAAUCUCACUGUCUCCCCCUUCCUCUUCCCCCAUUUUUCUGCCCCCGAUGUCCUUCGAAAUGUGAUUGUCGUUUCUGUGAGCAUCUUACAGACCACAAUAAAGGCGGAAACGGGAACGUUUGUUUAUACGACCGAAAAA